AUGUACGAUUACGAGUGCCUCACCUGUCCUGACGACUUCUGGUGCGAGGCUGAUCGCGAUGAUCACAUGGAUGAGUACGGCCACUGGCCCGAGUGUGAGACCUGUACUCGUACCUUUCGGACCUGGCGUGCUUGUAACCAGCAUAUGAACAGCACCAAUCACUGGGCCCCGCGAUUCGACUGUGAGACUUGCACCAAGGACUUCACGUCUCAAAAUGCCGCCAACCAGCAUAUGAAUAGCACUGGUCACUGGGCACCUAAAAUCGAGUGUGACACAUGCUCUCAGAAAUUCUACAGGCAGCAGGAUGCCGACCAGCACAUGAAAGCUAGGGGUCACUACCGGAACUAUUGCAAGGACUGUGACCUGCACUUUAUGAAUGAAAACAACCUACGUAUGCACCUCAACUCCAAAAUCCACCGUGGAACUAGUCUGCCGUGUCCGUUCUGCAGCACCAAAUUCACCUCAGCUAGUGGCUUGACACAUCAUUUAGAGCGAGGUUCCUGUCCCGGAGCACCCUCGCUGAACCGUGAAAAGAUCCUAGCAAUUGUUCGUAAUCUUGACCCGUCUGGAAGAAUUACCAACAAGCAAAUUGAAUGGCUAGAAGAGUGGUCGGUUGAAUACAAGGCAAGCAACCAAGCCUUCAAUGGUCAAUCCUGGGAAUGCUACCUUUGCCACAAAAACUUCAAAGCCAUGAUGGAUUUGAAUAAGCAUCUCAAUUCACCGACCCACAAAGAAAAGGUCUAUCACUGUCCAAACUUUAAAUGUGACAAACAAUUCAUCACCCUCGCUUCUCUUUUCAACCACUUGGAGAGCGAAUCAUGUGCGUUCAUGAGAUUUGCAAAGGUACAAACACAGGUCCAUGGAAUUGUCACUGGCCGCAAACUCAUUUCGUUUUAA